GAGGGAGGGUGCCAAUGGGGCUUCGCCAGGGGCAUUCGGGUGAAGUGUCUGUCGCCCAGUGCCCAGCGCCCCUGGAGUCCCUGCCAUGCUUUUACCACCCCGACGGAACCGGACCCUACCCCCACUGCUGCUCUUGCAGCUGCAGCUGCCCCCAGCAGGCGCCUGGGGCCCCGAAGGGGCAGGUGGGAACAGCCGGGAAAUUCUGGGGCCGGCGCAGAUAGUCACUGCCAGCCUCCUGUCGCUCCUCAUUCUCUGGACCUUGCUGGGGAAUGUGUUGGUGUGUGUGGCCAUCAUUCGAUACAGACAUCUGCGCUCCAAGAUGACCAACGUCUUCAUUGUGUCUUUGGCCAUCUCUGACCUCUUUGUCGCCCUCCUAGUCAUGCCCUGGAAAGCCGUAGCAGAGGUGGCUGGCUACUGGCCCUUUGGGGCCUUCUGUAAUAUUUGGGUGGCUUUUGACAUCAUGUGCUCUACUGCCUCCAUCCUGAACCUGUGCGUCAUCAGCGUGGACCGCUACUGGGCCAUCUCCAGCCCCUUCCGCUAUGAGCGCAAGAUGACCCAGAGGGUGGCCUUGAUCAUGAUCAGUGCAGCCUGGGCCUUGUCCAUCCUCAUCUCUUUCAUCCCUGUGCAGCUUCACUGGCAUAAAGACCAAGAGGAUUUUGCUAGAAACCAGUCCCCUCCAUCCACUUUCACCAAUGGGACCCCCUGGGGAGAGGAGCCAGAGGAACUCGUGACUGAGGGGGUUGAGAACUGUGACUCAAGUCUCAACAGGACUUAUGCCAUCUCCUCCUCCCUGAUCAGUUUCUACAUACCGGUGGCCAUCAUGAUCGUGACCUAUACAAGAAUUUAUCGCAUAGCUCAGGUGCAGAUCCGGAGGAUUUCCUCCUUGGAGAGGGCUGCGGAGCAUGCUCAGAGCUGCCGGAGCAACAGAAUGGACUGCCAGCAUCAUAACAGCCUCAAGAGCUCUAUCAAGAAGGAGACCAAAGUCCUAAAGACGCUAUCUGUGAUCAUGGGGGUCUUUGUCUGCUGCUGGCUCCCCUUCUUCAUUCUGAACUGCAUGGUUCCUUUCUGUGACAACCCUGGGGACCCCCAAUCUGGCUUCCCCUGUGUGAGUGAGACAACUUUUGACAUCUUUGUCUGGUUUGGGUGGGCCAACUCAUCCCUCAACCCCAUCAUCUAUGCCUUCAAUGCUGACUUUCGGAAGGUAUUUGCCAACCUUCUGGGGUGUAGCCACUUCUGUGCUGGAACCCCGGUGGAGACAGUGAACAUUAGCAAUGAGCUCAUCUCUUACAACCAGGACACGGUAUUCCACAAAGAGAUUGCCACUGCCUACAUCAACAUGAUCCCUAAUGUGGUUGACUCUGUAAGUGGAAAUGAUGAUGGUCCCUUUGACAGGAUGUCUCAGAUUUCCCAAACUUCCCCGAAUCAUGAUCUUGCAACUGAUUCAGUGUGCGAGCUGGACUGUGAGGGAGAGAUUUCACUGGGCAAAAUAAUACCCUUCACUCCAAACGGUUUACAUUAAACUGCUUAAGGAACUGGCUUCUUGGAAUGGUACAUUUGCAGAUGUUUAAAUGCACACAUAAACCCAAAUGCUCAAACACAUACGCACUCCUACACUUGCUGGUCAGGUAACACAUGCCUUUUCUGUAUUUCUGUCUAGUGUCUGAAGUGCUUAGCAAAACUAUGGAAGUGAAAGGAGGAAUUUUAGUCCCACUGCCCUGUUUCUUCUUCAUCACCAGGGAGAGUGAAAUGUUCAUGGACAUUAAAAUGUAGUUUUUACAAACUGUUUGUCCAGUGACUUGUGUUUGGAUUGGUUUUUAAAACACCAGAGACCCAAGGGUGGGGUGGGGGAAUUUAUCUCUGUGUCACUGUCUGUUCUAAUGUGUUUGUGCAAUCCCUAUCAUGCUGGGUUUCUUUAUUGGCUAUGGAAUCCUUCUUGAUUUGCUCUGAAGGACUAAUAAAUGUAGGUUAUAUUGAUUAUGGGGUUAUUUUUCAUUUAUUGACCUGUUUUUCAAUGUGGGGUCCUUCCUUCACUAGAAUUAUAGGAACCGGUUUUUGUAGAGUGUUAAAAAAAAAAGAGAUUUUCCUUGUCAAAAAAUAUGUUGCUUUUAUGUUAGCAGAAAAUUCUGCCUUAAAGUUGUACACAGGGAUGGAUGAUUGCUUUAAAUUUGCCUCUUCAUGCUAUUUGCAUUUUGAGCUGGGGGCUGGGGUGGGUUGCAAUCUUUAUGCUGUGAUAUAUGUUUGUGUUAUAGUUCUGAGUCAGUACUGCAAAUCAAUGUUAGGGCUAUUGCCCAUUUACCAGACAUUUUCAUUUUUCUUCUAUGAAUUUUUUCCUUGAAAAAUAGUCACAAUGGUGAAGAUAAACUGUUUCCUUGGUGUUCUAGACAUAUGCUAUUGGUUUAUAAAAUUGUGCUAAAAUAUUGCAUUAAAAUUAAAUAUGAUUAAAAUAGUUAAUUUCCUAUUUAA